AUGCACGGUUCAUCCAGUGUUGGUAACUCUUCUCUAUACGAGGCCGGCGAUCAGCGCAACGUGCCUCACUCCGACCUCGACCAGCGCAACCGCUUCGAAGAGGGCCAAACCCACAGCCACAAGAACCUCGAUUCAAAGGACCAGCGCUCAAUUGCCAACAAGCUCGCUUCCCAGGAGGGAAAGCCUAACUCUUCUCACCACCACAACGGCGUUUACGACCAGGAAGCCGAGUUCAGCCAGCAAGAUCCCACCAAGCCUGCCAAAUUGCAUGGUAAUGAGCCAUCCAAGGGCGCUAAGAUUGAUGCCGAGUUGCAGGCUGAGGAGGAGCAGUAUCUUCGUCAGAAGGGCCAGAAGCACUAA